AUGUCGCCUAAAUCGUUAGACUUCAAGUGUGCCCUCGUCACUGGAGGCGCUGGGGGUAUUGGAAGAGCCAUUUCUGAAUACUUCAUCUCACAAGGAAAGAAGGUCAUCAUCGUAGGCCGUACUGAGUCCAAGCUACAGUCUACGAGCAAGGAAAUUGGCGCCGACUACUAUGUCUUGGACACGGGAGACAUCAAUUCCAUCCCAAGUUUCAUCCAGAAGAUCACAAAGGAGCACCCAGAGCUGGACUGCCUGGUCAACAAUGCUGGCGUCCAGAGACCUCUUAACGUAAACGACAUGUCAGCCGAAGAGUUCCUCGAGAAAGGAGACAACGAGAUCAACAUCAACAUUCGAGGACCUAUGCAUCUGGCAGUCGGCUUCCUGCCUCACUUCAAGUCCAAAAAGUCUGCCGUCAUCAUGAACGUCUCGUCGGUGCUCGGCUUGAUUCCCUUCAGCAUCAUCAACCCAGUCUACAACGGCACCAAGGCCUUUGUGCAUUUCAACACGAUGAAUUUGAGGACUCAGUUGGAGCAGGCCGGGUCGUCCAUCAAGGUGAUCGAGAUUGCACCACCAUCAGUUGGCACCGACUUGCACAGAGAAAGAGAGGACCCAGACGACAACAAGAAACAUAAGAAUGCCAAUGCGCUGUCUGUCGAAGAGUUCAUGGAUGAGCUCAAGAAGGGAUGGCAAGAGGACCGUGAUUGCAUCGGAGCUGGCAUGAGCCAAAAAGUGGUAGACAGAUGGUACAAGGAGUUUGGACCUGAUUAUGCAAAGGCAGAAGGAAAAUAG